AUGACCCCGAUAGAGAAAAUGCUCCAGGACAUGGGCUCCGUUCGAGAAGAUGGCAGUGAUAAGUUCUUUGCGAUGGAGAAUUUCGGAAAUACAUGUUAUUGUAACUCGAUAUUGCAAUGUCUCUACUAUUCAGUACCAUUCCGAGAAGCCGUCAUAAACUAUCCCACCAGAACGCCGAUAGAGAACCUGGAAGCCGCAUUGGCCAAAAAUCUCCGCUACCAAAAUCCAGCCGCAAACCUGGAAGCAGAGGCGCAAGCAGAGAAGCAAAAAGCUGCUACGCCACAACGUGCUGGGGCACCACCCAAUCAGCCACAGAAGCCCGAAGACAAAGACUCACCGGAAUACAAGAAGAAGAUGGCAUUGCAGACACUACCUCUCCUAGAAACCACGAACAAUUCAGCCAGUUACGGAAUGUCGGAGUCGCUAUUUACAUCGUUGAAGGAUAUAUUCGAGUCCAUUGUGGCGAGUCAGGAACGUCUCGGUAUAGCUCGGCCGCAACGCUUGUUGGAGCUCCUUCGCCGGGACCAUGAGAUGUUCAGAUCCGCCAUGCAUCAGGAUGCCCAUGAGUUUCUGAUCAUUUUGCUGAAUGAGGUGGUGGCAAAUGUGGAAGCAGAGGCCAUGAAGCAUCCCGAGAAAAGCCUGCCACCUGCUGAAAGCAUGGAUUCUUCUCAACAGUCUCUUAGUUCCGGUUCCAAAACUCCUAAUACCACACGAUGGGUACACGAGUUGUUUGAAGGGACCUUGACGUCCGAAACACAGUGCUUGACCUGCGAAAACGUUUCCCAGCGAGAUGAAAUAUUCCUAGACUUGUCAGUUGACUUGGAACAGCAUUCGUCGGUCACCUCGUGUUUGAGGAAAUUCUCCGCAGAAGAGAUGCUCUGCGAGCGGAAUAAAUUCCACUGUGACAACUGUGGCGGUCUGCAGGAGGCAGAAAAGCGGAUGAAAAUCAAACGUCUUCCCCGCAUCUUGGCUCUCCAUCUCAAGCGCUUCAAGUACACGGAGGACUUGCAGCGUCUGCAAAAGUUGUUUCAUCGAGUCGUCUAUCCGUAUCACCUACGUCUCUUCAAUACCACUGACGAUGCAGAAGACCCGGAUCGAUUGUACGAGCUGUACGCAGUGGUGGUGCACAUCGGAGGCGGCCCUUACCACGGUCAUUAUGUGGCCAUUAUCAAGACGCAGGAUCGCGGAUGGCUGCUCUUCGAUGAUGAGAUGGUGGAGCCUGUCGACAAGAACUACGUGCGUAACUUUUUCGGAGACAAACCCGGACUUGCUUGCGCCUACGUUUUGUUCUACCAAGAGACCACUAUGGAGGCUGUCAUGAAGGAACAAGAACAGGAGAAUCUCAACGCUACCAUGGCGGAUCUGAACCUGAAUGAGACUACUGUGAAGCAGAAUGGUUUCGCCCCUCCGGUCGGACUGUCUCAUGUCCACAGUGCAUCGCAAAUCCCCUCGCAGGACGAACCUCACCGGCUCACCAGCUUGAAACGCGCCCCGACAGCGCCUCAACUCCCGACCCACACUGAGCAUAUUAGCGCCGAAGCUGUUCCUCCGCAUUCUCCGGCAGCCGUGCCACCUCCGGUGCCUCCGAUCCCCGAGGUCCACACGCGGCCGCUUAGCCCAAAGAAGAGUGACGUUCAAUCGAAGAAAGAACGGGCUAAGGAAGGGAAGGAACGAAAAGCGGCCGAAAAAGAGCUGGAAAAGCAGCGUCGGAAGGAACAAGAAGCCCGUUUCAAGGAGAACAAAGAGAAUCAGCGGCGCGAGGAAGCUGAGAUGAAGGCGGCGAUCGAAGCCAGCAGAAUGUCCAAGGCCGAUGAAGACCGACGUAAUGAUAGUGGCAAAAGUGGUGGGUUGAGUCGACUCAAACGAGGCAGCAAGAGCUUCAGCCAGCGACUGGGCAAGGACAAAGAGAGUCGGGCGUCAUCGUCCGGUUCGCCUGCAGUGCCCAACUCCGAAAAUUCCAGUUCAAGCAAUAUGCCACCCGAACCACUCCAACCCUUGUCUCCUCAAAAGAUCGCGCCCCCCGAGACACUCCUGGUCCCCCAGGAUGAUGACCCGGAUUCACUCAAGAGUCCUAAAGGCGAUCGACAGACCCACGGGAAAUGGCGGAGCUUCAGCAUUAGAAAGAAGUCCUUCAGUAUCCUUUCCUGA